AUGAAUUAUUCAAUUAAAUAUUCAAUUAAAAUAAUAUUAAAAAUGUGGAAUGGUUCCGUUGUUAGUGUGGAACGGGAUUCUAAUCAAUGUAAUGUUAUACCACAAACAGAAGGGUAUAUGAAUGAAUUACAAGGAUUAAUUGAAGAAAUGAGACAACAAGACUUUGAUUCUAUACGUUUUGCUACAUAUCGUACAGCUUGUAAACUACGAUUUAUUCAAAAAAAGGCAAAUGUACAUUUAGUAGAUAUUUGGAAUAUGAUAGAAUCUUUUCGUGAAAAUGCAUUAAAUGCUGUUCCACCACAUUCAACCUUAAAAUUUUCACGUCUUGAAUUAUUACUUACAUCAGUUUUCCAUAAUCUUAAUAAACGCCUUCCAACAACUCAACAUAUUGAUACGGAUAAAUCAAUUUCAACAUUAUUAUCCUUUCUUUUAGGUGCUUAUGAUCGCCAACAUAAUUUUAGAUUAACAAUUUUUUCUGUAAAAAUAGCACUUUCAGUUUUAUCAGCUGGAAAAUUAAUUGAUAAAUUACGUUAUAUAUUUUCACAAAUAUCUGAUUCACAAGGAAUUAUGGAAUGGAAUAAAUUUGUUCAAUUUCUUCAACAAAUUUUAGCAUUACCUAAAGCAGUUUUUGAAGCACCAACAUUUGGGUAUACUGAUAGUUGUCCUGAACAAUGUUUUCCAAAGGAUGCAAAAACAAAUUUAAAUACAUUUCUUGAUGUUAUUCUUUCUGAAACAUGUCCACCCUGUUUAAUGUGGUUACCAUUACUUCAUCGUAUGGCAUCUGUUGAACAUGUCUAUCAUCCAGUUGUCUGUGAUUCAUGCCAAAUUCGUAGUUUUACAGGUUUUCGUUACAAAUGUCAACGAUGUUCAAAUUAUCAGUUAUGUCAAAAUUGUUUUUGGAGAGGUCGUACAUCUCAAAAUCAUUCAAAUGAGCAUGAAAUGAAAGAAUACUCUAAUUAUAAAUCACCUACAAAACAAUUAGCACAUUCAAUACAUAAAUCUCUUCAAUGCAUUCCAUUAACAGGAAAAUCUAAAAAUUUAGAAUAUGAUUCAAAAUUACAAAGACCUAUAGAUUUAUCAAAUAUUAUACCAGUAAUGCCAAAUUUUAAUAAACAUCAAAUACAUGAUGUGACAUCUGACUGGAGUAAUAAUUUACCACCAGGUACUUACGGUAACACAGGAAGUUUAGAUGAUGAACAUAAAUUAAUAGCUAGAUAUGCUGCCAAACUUUCAGGAAGACAAAAUUAUAAAGAAAAAAAAUUAAACAAUAAUUUAUUAAGAUAUGAUGGAGUUGAUAGUUAUAAUGAAAAAAUGAUAAUUGCUCAAUUAGAAGAAGAAAAUUCUGAAAUGUUAAGAGAAUUAGCUGCAAUAGAAAGGCAAAAUAAUUUAAUUGACAGUAAUGGACAAUUAAGUGGAUUAAAAGAAAAAAAAUUUGAAUUAGAAAAUAAAAUGAGAUGUAUGCAGAAUACAAGAAAAGAACUAAUGCAUCAAUUAGAACAAUUAAUGAAGCAAUUAAAUACAACAGAUUCUGGUAGAAGUUAUAAAUCAAUGAGUCAAAUGCCAGAAACACUUACAGGUGUUAAUUCAAGAAUAACAAAUGCUUUUAGAGAACACAGUUUGCCAACUAAUAGUCGACGAUCUAUGUCCCAAAUCCCUGCUUCACAAUUGCAAGGUGAUUUGCUACAGGCAGCUGAUGCUAUUACAGAAAAUGUAUCAGAAUUUAUACAUGAAUUAGAUAUGGCAAAUGAAGAUAUGUAUUAA